UGAUGACCGCAAUGGCUGAACCGGCAGAAAUCCCCGUUCUCAGCAUACCCGUGGAACCGGAGGGCGUCAUGGCGGCCAUUAAAGAGGAAAUGUCUCUCGUAGAAGCUUUUGAAAACAAUUUCGAAAUUUCACAGGAUGUUAAACCGGCAGCAUCUGCAGCCUCAGAGGAGACGGAGAGCAGAGAGAAACCGGAUGAUGAAGAAGACGGACAGCAGGAUGAAGAGAAGGAAAGUCCUCCAGACGGACAGCAGGACGAAGAGAAGGAAAGUCCUCCAGACGGACAGCCAACGGUCGAUCCGCCUGCAGCCGAAUCCUCCAGCACAGAGACAAAGUGGGCGCUUGGCGCUGCGUGUCGGGCGGUGUGGUCGGAGGACAGGACGGUGUACCCGGCGAUCGUGGUUUCUCUGGACGGAGAACGCUGCAGAGUCCGCUUCAACGACUACGGCAACUAUGAGGACUUGGCACUGAGCGAGCUCAAAGCGCCCGAUGAUGCUCCUCAAACACCGAUGCAAAACUGUCUGAAACCUCCAUUGGAUGAAGAAGACCAUGGGAUCGAGCCCAAUGCUCUGGACUGGAAACCUGGCUCUCGAUGUCGGGCCGUUUACUCUGAGGACAGUAUGGUCUACCCGGCUGUGGUCCUUUGGGUCAAAGGUGAGCGCUGCUGCGUUCGCUUCGACGGCUAUGACAACAAGGAGGAACAGGAAGUGAGCGCCUUGCUGAGCCUCGGCGCGCUGCACGGAAACAGCAUGGGCGCUGCAGCCAAGCUGAAAGAGAAAGCCAGUAAUAAUCAUCAGAGUAAAGUGGAGAAGGAAUCAGAAGAGAAGCAGAACGACGAAACUCAGACACCGCCCAACAUGUUCUCUUUCUUCCCUCCCUUUGCACCUCCUGGCUGCGGGGACUCUGUGUCCUUCAUCCCUCCUCCUCCCCCUCUCUGGACGUUUGGCAGCUCUGCGGGCGCUGACGCCUCCUCCAGCAUGUUGAUGCUGUGGUACAUGUGCGGCUUCCACACCGGCAGCUACAUGGCUCGGCAGGCGUUCAACAAAGACUGAGAAACGGAGAGCAUUUUGGAACGAGUUGCAGCCGGGACAAUGCUGUUUAUUUUUUCCCUUGAAGGUGCACUUGUACAUUUAUUCUGUAUAUUUUAAAGAUACUUUUAUUUGUUCUUAGUUAUAUGUUUUCAUGCUGGAGUGUUUUGAAGCUACAGCGUGCAGAAGCAGUUUGUGUUCGGAGAGUUUAAGAGACGUUUGGAUGUUUCUGUUUGAUUAUGUUGAGAAUGAAUCUCUUGCGACCUGUUAAAGAAUGAAAUGCACAUAAUGUAAUGCAAGACCUAUUUUGUUAAUAAAAACAAUGGGGAACAACUGC